GCCACUGCCAGUAUCACACUCUCUCCACAUGUUUUCCACAACCUCAUAAGACUCCGCUCUCUAUCUCGCUCUCAUUUCUUCACCCUCUCUCAUCUUCUCUUCUUAUCAUCUUCUCCCUCUUCCACUCUGUCUCUGUUAAUACAGAGGAAUGCAGUAUGUGGCAGGCUGGGGCUCUCUGGCUGUUGAUAAUUGCGACUCUGCUUCGGGGAGCAACUCUACCUUUUCCUUCACCACUUAUAGCCCACCGUCUGUUUACCUCCAUUGGAGCAUGUCUACUCUCCCUCUAUUAGUUUGUUUCUUACCUGUCUGACAAUUUCUACACCACGGUUUUCUCAAACAGCCCUUUUAUCAUUGUAAUUACACCAUUUUUCUGCUAGUGCCUUCUCCCUGAUACAGCUUUCUCUUUGUAACUCUCACUUUUACUCUUGCUCUUCUCUUGUGAUCCAACUCCAUUAAACUCCCUCCCCCUCCUAUUCAGUGUCAGUGCAGGGUCCUCACCAGCGGUUUCUACUCAGGGAGCUGCUGAGGGACUACAACCCCAUGGAGAGACCAGUGGCGAACGACUCCCAGGCUCUCACUGUUCAUUUCUCCUUCACUCUAAUGCAGGUCAUGGAUGUGGUACGCAUGCCAGGAAUGCAGCAUAAACACAAAUAUAUGCUCAUACAAUACAUUCAAACAAGAAAUGCCCAUAUGUACCCAGUAUUUACAUUACUGUAAAUGAUGAAAAGAACCAGAUCAUCACCACGAAUGCCUGGCUGCAGAUGCAGUGGUACGACCACUACCUCCAGUGGAACCAAUCAGAGUAUCCUGGAGUUAAAAAUCUCCGUUUCACUCCUGAUCAGGUCUGGACACCUGACAUCUUGCUUUACAACAGUGCUCAUGAUAAGUUUGAUGCCACCUAUAAGACCAAUGUGCUCGUUAACUCAAGUGGCUUCUGUGAGUAUCUGCCUCCAGGAAUAUUUAUCAGCACAUGUAACGUGGAUGUACGAUGGUUUCCGUUUGACAUCCAGCGCUGUGAACUGAAGUUUGGUUCCUGGACAUUUGAUGGCUGGCUGCUGGACAUCCAGAUGAAGGAGGCGGAUGUGUCAGGAUACAUGCCCAAUGGAGAGUGGGACCUAGUGGAGGUCCCUGGAGGUCGUCAUGAAGUCUUCUAUGACUGCUGUGCAGAGCCCUACCCUGAUGUUACCUUUGUGGUGACCUUGCGGAGGAGGACCUUGUUUUACGCUCUGAACCUCCUCAUCCCCUGUGUGCUCCUCUCCUCCAUGACCCUUCUGGUCUUCUUGCUCCCUGCCAACUCGGGGGAGAAGAUCAGCCUGGGAUUUCUCUUCUUUUUCUUUGCAACCCACUCGCUGCUCCAUGGUGUCCUGUGUCUGCCUCCAGGCAUCACGGUUCUGCUUUCUCUGACUGUCUUCAUGCUGAUGGUUGCAGAGAUUAUGCCCGCCACUUCAGACUCUGUACCCUUGAUAGGUCAAUACUUUGCUAGCACCAUGGUGAUUGUCGCAAUGUCAGUAGUAGCCACAGUUAUCGUACUUCAGUUCCAUCACCACAACCCCAACAGUGGACACAUGCCACGAUGGGUGCACUUGGUUCUGCUGCAGUGGGUUCCAUGGUUCCUGCGGAUGAAGCGUCCAGGAGAGGCAGCGGAACCGACUUUUUCCAACAACCAGGGAGACUCUCAGGGCAAGACCCUGUCCUCUCCUACGACCACCACUACUACCAUCACCAUCCCCACACCAGUGAACUCCAACCUCCCCCAGAGCCUCACCUCCCUGCAGGCCAGCCUGGCUCAGCUCAACCACCCCCUGUCACAUUCACUGCCCCACCGGCCCAACUCUCAAGCUGUUAUGCUCCCUAAUCCCAUCCACAGAGAUCCCAGCCUCAAUCCGCAUCCACAACCCAAUGGUCAUCUGCUUUACAUGGGCUUCCAGACUUUCCAGACCACUGCAGAGCUCGAGCCAGUUCAGAGCAGCCGAACCACAAGUCAUGGGAGGGUUAACAGUGGGCUAGGUGGAGAAGAAGGAGAGGGAGCAGCAGGACCAGCUGGAGAUACACCUGUCCAUCAACACCUCCCAUCUUCCAGGCUUGGGAGCACCGCACAGGAAACUCCAUUGUCCCCAGACCCUGACGCAUCAACCACAACCUCUGGACCCUGUGUCCUAGAGGCAAUGACUGGAGGAGGGAGAUCAGCUGCUAUACACACCCACAGUGGCAUGAUUCGAUCUGUGUCCGUAGACAACCAGCUGCAGACUCUUCUGGGGGAGGUGCAGUUUUUAGUUGAACGCGUUAGGGAGCAAGACCGCCAGCUCAGUUUGGCGGAGCAGUGGCAGUUUGCUGCAGCUGUCAUCGACCGCCUGUUCCUGGUGGGAUUCAGUGUUUUCAACAUCAUCUGUACCAUCGCUAUUCUCAUGGCUGCACCCAACUUUGGAGAAGCACUGUCAAAAGACUUCCUCUGACAGCCCAAAAAACAGAACGAUUUGAGAGAGCAAGAUAAAGAAUUUGAUGGAAGCACAAUUGCUGUUAACUGGGACAUACAACAGCAAAUAAUUCCUAUUCAGCGAGCUAGAGUGGAGCGUGGAACAUGUGGAGUGGACUAUGAUGCCGAAAGCAUUUUUCAUGAUGUAACACACCUGAUCACGCUCAUAUUUACUGUUCACACAUUCUUUUUGCAGGGGUCUUUGUUGAAGUUUGAUUGAUGUGUUUGUUUCUCCCCCACUCUACUCUAGGACAACAGUGAAAUAAUCAUCUCAUGUCUUGAUCAUUUUGGUGAAUUUUAUUUUCAGCAAUUGGACUGACAACUAAAUCUAAACUUCAUCAGGACAUCAAAUCUGCAUCAAAGUCUCAUUGGACUAUGGACAUACGGUUUGUGAACUAAUUAUUGAUUAACAAAAUCAUCAAUGAUUAAUAUUUAACAGUUAAAUUAGACAUGGUGAAUGAGGAUCCUAAGGGAAAAUCAUCCCAGAAUUUAUGUGAACCCUGGGAAGCAUGACUUUAUUAAAUUUGUUAUAAAGAUUUGGUACUGCCGAAUUGGGAUGCUACAUGGGGAAAGUCCGGACAAAAAGUGGAAAUGGAUUCUGAGACUGCUGCAUGUAAAAUGACGAGCUUUUACACUCGUGCGGGAUUCCUUUCUAAGCACAUGUGAGUUACAAGUCACAAUGUUUACAGUUUCCUGAUUCCACUGAUUCUCCGUGAAAACUCCCCAAAUAUAAUGAUAAUUGCGGUACACACACUUUGUUACCACUGAGUGGGUUCUUUCCAGGAUUUUAUUAAUCUUUUUUUUUGCAGAAUUUCAAUUUCAUUUUCAAUGGAUUUUCCCGAGUGUGCUUUUUUCAUAGGAUGUCCAAAGUCAGUGUGAUCAGUAUUUGUCCACAAGAUUACUUCGUUCCUGAUAUUAACAACACAAAAAGAAGAAUCUUAGGUGAGGAAAAUCUUAAUAACAAUAACACAGCCUGAACAUCAUCCAUGUGAUGGGAUGAUGAAAUUGGGUAUUUGUUUCUGCAGCACCUUUAACAAUCAUGUUAGGUUCUUAUUAUACUGUAGUGUCUACUAUAAUGCAGAAGACGUACUAAUAUCGCUAGAAAAAUAUGCUGCAUACUGCCAUAGGGAUUCUUUUUUCCUUUGUCAAACUAACAGUGCAUUGGAGUGAUCUCAUUAGAGAGGGUUGGAUAAAAUACUCUCCCUUGUUUCAGAAUAUAGGACACACUUUCACAGUCACAACAAGACCAAAGAUUUCAAAGCCCUGGUUUAAUUUGUGAUACAGAACAUUAAUGUCUUUCUGUGCAGACACAGAUAGGGGUCAGAUUGCUAGCAAAGUGUGAAAGAGGGAAAUUAUAGGUUAUGUCAUUUUUUACAAAGGCUUUUUUAUCUUACAGACACACACCGCAGCAUACCUUCAAUCAUUCACUCACACUCUUUUACAAAAUUAUAAUCUCCAUGGCCCUGGCUUUGAAUGUAAAUCAUGCCAUUUAUUUCGCAGAAGUGUUGGACACUCGAAUGCCAAUAGGUUGUGACAGACUGAGCUGUGAACACUGUGAAAUAAACUGUCUAGUCUUUUGUACUCUCUA